GUUAGGGGGUCUCUUGGUUGCUUUGUUGGGUCUGCUCCUGUCUCUGGCCAUGCUCCCCCCCACCCUAGCAGACGAUGGCGUGGAACACCACCACAGUGUACUCCACCAUUUGCCUCCACCUAUCGCCUCGACCUUUUGACUCCACCCUUGGUCUCCACCUUUUGAAGGCGGCGGUGCAGAGGACGGAGCGUGUGAUGGGGGAGGAGCUUGUGGACGUGUACGAGCUGGGCGCAGAGGACUACCUGGAGGCGUGGCUGGGUAGCGGCGAGGAGGACGGCGAGGGCGAGGGCGAGGACGAGGACGAGGACUGGUGCGAGGCGGGCGAACACGAGCGGACCAUCAAGUUGUUCCAGACGUGUCUGUUGGCCGCCAUCUUCCUCUUAGGCAUGGCGGGAAACGCGGCGGUGAUGGCGACGUUGGCGGCGCGGCGCCGCCUGCGCCGCACGACGGACAUCUUCCUGUCGCAGCUGGCGCUGGCCGACGUGCUGCUGCUGCUCACGCUGCCGCUGCAGGUGGCGGAUGUCAACCUGGGCUGGGUGUUCUCGGCGGCGGCGUGCAAGGCGGUGCGCGCCUGCUACGCCGUCAACACGUACAGCGGCCUGCUGCAGCUGGCGUGCGUGAGCGUGGAUCGCUACGUGGCCGUCGCCCGGCCGCAGGACAAGCUGCGUCUGCAUUCUCGGAUGCUGGUGGCCGGGAAGAUGGUGGCGGCGGGGGUGUGGCUGGUGGCGGCGCUCCUCAGUCUGCCCGAGCUCUUGUUCUCCGGCGUGUCGGGCUCGGGCGCCGACGCCUACUGCGGCAUGCUGACUGGCGCAAAAGGGAAAAUGGCCGCCGACGGAGCGGUCACCGCCGUCUUCGGACUCUCCUUCCUGGUGAUGGCGGUGUGUUACUCUCUGGUGGCGCGCGUGUUGUGGGCGGGCUCUGCGGGGCGGGCCAGGCGCUGGCGCCAUCAGCGCACCUUGAAGCUGAUGGUGGCGCUGGUGCUGCUCUUCCUCGUCUUCCAGUUGCCGCACAGCGUGGUGCUGUCGCUCAAGAUGGCCGCGCCGUUUUGUGCCCUGCUGCCGGAGUACGUCACGCGCACGCUGGCCUACGCCCGCUGCUGCCUCAACCCCGUCAUGUACGUGCUGCUGGGCGUGCGCUUCCGCAACCAAUUGCUGAAGCUCCUCCCACGUGGCGGCUGCCUCCGCGCGCGCAAGCAAUGCCUGCAAGUUGACGGCCAGCAGGCCACGCCCCCUGAAAUCCAGCUUUCAUCCGGGGCCUGACGGCGUAUGACAUGAUGUUAUUAUGUAAUCUGAUUACUUUCACAUUGUAAUGAGAUUACUUGUUUUCAUGUGUUCAUUUGUUGCAUCAUAAAUCUUCCUCUGCAGCAAAA